GUGUUGUGUUUGCAUACAAAGGCGGCCACGCGCGGGAGCCGCUCGGCUCAGACCAUGAAUUACGUAGGGCAGUUGGCUGGCCAGGUGUUUGUGACUGUGAAGGAGCUCUACAAGGGGCUGAAUCCCGCCACACUGUCGGGAUGCAUCGACAUCAUCGUAGUCCGCCAGCCCAACGGCAGUCUGCAGUGUUCUCCUUUCCACGUCCGCUUUGGGAAGAUGGGCGUCCUGCGCUCCCGAGAGAAAGUGGUGGACAUAGAAAUCAAUGGGGAAUCUGUGGAUUUGCACAUGAAGUUGGGUGAUAAUGGAGAAGCAUUUUUUGUUCAAGAGACAGACAACGAUCAGGAAGUGAUCCCCAUGUAUCUGGCCACCUCCCCCAUCCUGUCAGAAGGAGCUUCGAGAAUGGAAAGUCAGCUGAAAAGGAACUCCAUCGAUAGAAUCCGGAGCCUGGAUCCCACCACGGCUGCUCAGGGUUUGCCUCCCAGCGACAGCCCAUCUUGUAGUUCUCUGGGGAAGAAGAGAAGGAAAAGGAGGAGGAAGUCACAGCUGGACAGCCUGAAAAGAGAUGACAAUGCCAACACGUCCGAGGAUGAGGACAUGUUUCCCAUAGAGAUGAGCUCCGAUGAGGACACAGGCCAGCUGGAAGCAAGCAGAACACUUCCUAAUGAAAUACCCCCAUUCCAAGAUGAUAUUCCUAAGGACAACCUCCCCUCUGUCUCAACAUAUCCCCAGUCUGCAUCAUACCCCAAUUCAGAUAGAGAGUGGUCCCCCAGCCCCAGCAGCCCGGUAAAUUGUCAAAGGACUCCCCCACAUGUUGAAGGUGCGGCUGAGGGAGUUCUUUCUAGCUCUUGCCCUCUACAGUCUUCCCACUUCCAUGCUUCGGAAAGUCCUUCAGGCUCCCGACCAUCGACACCAAAAAGUGACUCAGAGUUGGUCAGCAAAUCCACGGACAGGGUGGGGCAGAAGAAUAACAUGGAGAUGCUGUGGCUUUGGGGUGAAUUGCCACAGGCUGCGAAGUCAUCGCCACACAAGAUGAAAGAGUCCAGCCCCUUGUGCAGCAGGAAGAUUUGUGACACAACUCACUUUCAGACCAUUCACAGUGAAUCUUCAGACACAUUUAGUGACCAGUCACCAACGCUGGCCAGGGGGCCGCUCAUGGACCAAAACAAGCUUCAGGCAGACAUGCAGUUUGUGACCGAAGAAGACCUGGAGGCCUUAGGAGCGGCAGCCCCACCUUCACCUAUGGCUGAAGAACUCAAGCCUCCUACCACCAGUACCACACAGGUGGCAAGCAAAACAGACUCGCCUUCAAGGAAGAAAGAUAAACGGAGUCGACACCUCGGAGCUGAUGGCGUUUAUCUGGAUGACCUUACAGACAUGGAUCCUGAAGUGGCAGCCCUGUACUUCCCCAAAAAUGGAGAUCCUUCGGGGCUCCCCAAACAUGUCAGUGACAAUGGGGUCCGAUCUGCCAACCAGUCCCCGCAGUCCGUGGGCAGUUCUGGCAUCGACAGCGGCGUGGAGAGCACCUCUGAUGGCUUGAGGGACCUGCCGUCCAUAGCCAUCUCACUCUGUGGCGGCCUCAACGACCACAGGGAGAUCACCAAAGAUGCAUUUUUAGAACAAACCGUGUCAUAUCAACAGUUUGUUGACAACCCUGCUAUCAUCGAUGACCCCAAUCUUGUGGUUAAGAUUGGAAAUAAAUAUUACAAUUGGACAACAGCGGCACCUCUACUUCUGGCCAUGCAGGCCUUCCAGAAACCUUUGCCAAAGUCUUCAUGCUUAAGUUACCUUAAUGUAAUUUUGGACACCAUUAGGUUUUGCUUCUAUAAAAUUUUUAAUUCACAAACAGCCACUGUGGACUCUAUCAUGAGAGAUAAGAUGCCCAGAAAGGGAGGAAGAUGGUGGUUUUCCUGGAGGGGAAGAAACACCACAAUCAAGGAGGAGAGCAAGCCAGAGCAGGGCCUGGCUGGGAAGGGCCACAGUACUGGAGAGCAGCAGUCACAGCUCGGCCUGGCCACUAGAAUAAAACAUGAGUCAUCCUCCAGUGAUGAAGAGCCUGCAGCUGCCAAGCCGUCCAGCACAAGCCACCUCCCUCUUUUGUCUAAUGUCAGCUACAAAAAGACCCUGCGGCUCACAUCAGAGCAACUGAAAAGCUUGAAGUUGAAGAAUGGCCCCAAUGAUGUGGUUUUUAGUGUCACCACUCAGUAUCAAGGCACCUGUCGCUGUGAAGGCACCAUCUAUCUGUGGAACUGGGAUGAUAAGGUCAUCAUUUCCGAUAUCGACGGAACCAUCACGAGAUCAGAUACCCUUGGCCAUAUUCUGCCUACGCUUGGGAAGGAUUGGACCCACCAGGGCAUUGCAAAGCUAUACCAUAAAGUGAGCCAGAACGGAUACAAGUUUCUCUACUGUUCGGCCCGUGCCAUCGGGAUGGCAGACAUGACAAGGGGCUACCUGCACUGGGUCAACGAGAGGGGCACGGUGCUGCCACAGGGGCCACUGCUGCUCAGCCCCAGCAGCCUCUUCUCCGCCCUGCACAGGGAGGUGAUUGAAAAGAAGCCAGAAAAGUUCAAAGUCCAGUGUUUGACUGACAUCAAAAAUCUAUUUUUCCCAAAUACGGAACCCUUUUAUGCUGCCUUUGGAAACCGGCCUGCUGACGUGUAUUCCUACAAGCAAGUGGGAGUGUCCCUGAACCGGAUCUUCACCGUCAACCCCAAGGGCGAGCUGGUGCAGGAACACGCCAAGACCAACAUCUCCUCGUAUGUGAGGCUCUGCGAAGUGGUUGACCACGUCUUCCCGCUGCUGAAAAGAAGCCAUUCUUCAGACUUUCCCUGUUCAGAUACUUUUAGUAACUUUACCUUCUGGAGAGAGCCGCUGCCACCCUUUGAAAACCAGGAUGUACAUUCUGCCUCAGCUUGAUACGAACAAGCAGCCCCUUGCACUAGGCAUGAGCCUGGCUGGCACCUAUUAAGGAUAGGUUGUGGGGACACUGGAGGAGCUCUGGGGAGCCUGAGGUGUGGCCAUCUGCUUCAGAGACGAGCAUUUCUCUCCUGCCCCAUUGCCCCAGGGUGAUAUUUCUAAGUCCAGUGUGGGGUAUGGAGGGCACAUCUCCUAGGCAGCAAAUGAAUUGGGUACACUAGCAGUGUGCAAAGCACUCCUCAGUCGCGGCUCAACAUCCAUAGCACUGCACUCCCUGGCUGCUGCAGUAAUUAGUUCUCACUUAAUGUGCAAUAUGGGGCAAUGAAAUCCAAGCAGAGGGGGCCACCUGAGGGCUGCCCAUGGGGGAAUGGCAGAAGUGCAUGACUUUUGGUAGCCUACGGGACACAUUUCCAUGAUAGCGAUGUUUGUGCUACCUUUUGCACAUGGGGAGAGGGCUGUGAGAGGUCGCAUGACCUGAACCUGAGUAUUCUGAAGGGAAUCCAGACCUCAGUAGGUCGGAGCCUCGGCUGGAGCCUUGGCCUUGGCGAUGGCCUUGUGGAUGUUCCCUGGCAGUAUUUUUUACUUAGUCUCAUUUUCAGGUGAUAAGUUCUUUAAUCGCUUGGUUAAAGAUGGCUUAUGUAAAUGGCCUUCUUCUCCCCAUCCUUCAUGGCUCAAGGCUGGACUGUUUAUGCCUUAACGCAUCUAUGGCAGACAUUUCAUUUAGAGUGCGCUGUCUAGCUCUUUGCACCUGCAGUGUCUUACAUUAAAGUUGUAGAAAAUCCCUAGGGCAGCAUUUGAAUCAGUCCAGCGCUGCUGGCAUCCUUGCACCCAGUGAGGGGUGCUGAGAAAGUGGACUUGCCCGCACUUCUGCCGAAUGAUAACCAUGCUGACUUUCACUGGAAGCUCUCAAAAGAAACUGGUUGUUCUUAAGAAAGCAGUUCCAAGAAGUUAAAUUAUUUUCUUUACAGUUAUUAUUUAUUACUUUACUUGGGUUACUGUUGUAAACAUUCUGGCCAUAUCCUUUGGAUUACAACUGUCAUUAAUACAUUAAAAAAAAGUAAGUGUGCUAGACUAUCCAAAGAGCCUUACUCUAUAUGUCUCACACACCACCUUCUUCUGGAAUGUAUGAGUCAUUUAUUUUUCUUAGCUUUUUCCACUCGAAUUAAAGGCAAGAAAAAAAAUAUAAUUUGCAUGACGUUCUGGAAGCUGAUAGAAGGUGGUUCUUUUACUUGUUUGUUAAACUGGUUUGUGGAGAGAACAAUGUGAAAAAUGAAAGAACUAUUUUGGUAAAAGAUUUUGCUUUACUUUUGGAUGUAUUAUUUUCUUAAAGAAUAUUUUACUGUAGUGAUUGAAAUACUUUCCUAUUUGAAUUUCACUAUUAGUCAGAAGGAGCAAAAAAAAAA